GGUUCGCCGGCACACACAAACAGCGUCUUCCGGCGGCUGCACUGAAUUGAUCGAUCGCCGUCGCCCGUCCGCCGGCAGCCACUGCUCGAAGCUUCGGACAUGGUCAAAUCCUUGCUCCACCCCUCCAAGGAGGAAGAGGAGGAAAAGGAGGAGAAUGUGAUGGACGGGAUGCGGAAGCGGAAGCGGGAGGAGGAGAAGGGGAUGGAUGGGAUGGAGGAGGAGAAGAAAGAGAAGAAGGGCAAGGGAGGGUUUCCUCCCCUGCCGCCCGUGGGAGCGCCAGAGGAGGAGGACAACUACACCCACCUCACCCAGAUUCAAGCUAGAUCAAUACCUCAUUUGAUGGUAGGAGAUGAUGUGCUGGGUUCAGCCAGGACUGGCUCAGGGAAGACACUCGCUUUCCUUAUACCCGCGAUCGAACUGCUACACAAUGCGCGCUUCACGCCGAGGAACAGAACUGUAGUUAUUGUGGUCUGCCCAACAAGGGAGCUUGCUAUCCAGACACACGAUGUUGCCAAGAAAUUAAUGAAGUAUCACUCUCAAACUCUUGGAUAUGUAAUUGGUGGCACUAACAUGAGAAGUGAGGCCAACCAGCUUGUGAAAGGGGUCAAUCUAUUAGUUGCAACGCCGGGCAGGCUUCUGGACCAUCUGAAAAGUACCGGUGGUUUCAACUACAAAGGGCUAAAGUGCCUUAUAAUUGAUGAAGCUGAUCGCAUACUUGAGCAAAAUUUUGAGGAGGACAUGAAACAAAUAUUUAAGCGCCUCCCUCAGAAUAGGCAAACUGUUCUCUUUUCUGCUACACAGACUCAAAAGGUUGAAGAUUUUGCAACUUUUACAUUUGGGAAAAAGGAAGAAAGGCAACGAGAACUUGUUUAUGUUGGAGUUGAUGACUCUGAAUUAAAGCCUACCGUUGACGGCUUGCAGCAGGGCUACUGUGUCAUUCCUAGUGAGAAAAGGUUUCUGGUUCUGUAUACUUUCCUAAGAAAGAUGCAGCUGAUGAAGCAGAAGGUGAAGGUCAUGGUGUUCUUUUCAUCAUGUAGCUCAGUCAAAUUCCAUGCAGAAUUUUUAAAUUUCAUUGGGAUAGAGUGUCACGAGAUCCACGGGCAACUGAAGCAGCAGAAACGCACUACUACAUUCUUCCAAUUUUCGAAAGAGGAAAGCGGUAUCUUAUUGUGCACUAACGUGGCAGCACGUGGGCUUGAUAUUCCUAAUGUGGCGUCCAAUAUUUCUCUGACUGAAUACGAGUUCAGUGAAAAGCAUGUGCCAAAAUCGCAAUCGAAGCUUUCAGCGAAGGAAGCCUACAGGUCUUACCUUUUGGCAUACAACUCACACUCUAUGAAGGACAUCUUUGAUGUCCAUCAACUUGAUCUCAAGAAAGUUGCGGCAUCUUUCUGUUUUAAUAGCCCUCCUAAAGUGAAUCUGAACCUGGAGAGUAGUGCAUCGAGACACCGAAAGAUGAGGAAAGUGGACGGCAGAAAGAGGCAUGGAAUUAGCCCUUCAAACCCCUAUGGAAGGAGAGGCGGUUGUGAUCACAUGGAUCUUGCAAGAUUCUAGGAAGGAUAUAUCAGGGGGUUAAGAUCGGAGAUGCUGGAAGUCACCAUCUUUGAUUCUUCUUUUUUGGUAGAUCUCUAAAUAUUAUGUUUGGAUGUCAUGUAUGUUGUGUGGUUUGAGAAAGAAAAAUCUGAAGAGUGGUUUAUGCCCUUUGCCCUUUGGAUUCUUAAAACAAGUGUAGUUAUUACAUUUUUUGGGGGUACAUUGUUGUCUGUUCUAUGACUA